CUCACCUCAGCCUCCCCACCCUCCCAAGCUAGUGAGGAGGAAAAGGCCUGGGGAAGGAGCAGGCAGGGGCGGGGCCUGCUGCCUUGGGCAUGGGCUCUGGUCCCUUGUCCCUAACCGAAACAUGGGGAACCCCCAGGUGCACUCAAGCCUCCUUCAUGUUCCACAGCUUCUCCUGCAUCUGCUUUGUCUUCUCCCAUUGUUCCAAGUGGCCAGGCUGAGCCAGGUGCCCAAAGAACAGCCCCUGUGGCCCCUGCUGGAACAGCACUGCCUCACCAUGGUGUCCCUGGCUGACCCCUCAGGUCUCUACUCCUACUGCAACACAACCUUGGACCAGAUCGGGACAUGCUGGCCCCGGAGUGCAGCAGGAGCCCUAGUGGAGAGGCCGUGCCCCGAAUACUUCAACGGCAUCAAGUACAACACGACCCGAAAUGCCUAUCGAGAAUGCUUGGAGAACGGGACGUGGGCCUCAAAGAUCAACUACUCACACUGUGAGCCCAUUUUGGAUGACAAGCAGAGGAAGUAUGACCUUCACUACCGCAUUGCCCUCGUGGUCAACUACCUGGGCCACUGCGUUUCCAUGGUAGCCCUGGUGGCAGCCUUCCUGCUUUUCCUGGCCUUGCGGAGCAUCCGCUGCCUGCGGAAUGUGAUCCACUGGAACCUUGUCACCACCUUCAUCCUGCGAAAUGUCAUGUGGUUCCUGCUGCAGCUCAUUGACCACGAAGUGCACGAGAGCAACGAGGUCUGGUGUCGCUGCAUCACCACAGUCUUCAACUACUUUGUGGUCACCAACUUCUUCUGGAUGUUUGUGGAAGGCUGCUACCUGCACACGGCCAUCGUCAUGACCUACUCCACUGAGCGCCUGCGCAAGUGGAUCUUCCUCUUCGUUGGAUGGUGUGUCCCCUGCCCCAUCAUUGUUGCCUGGGCCAUUGGCAAACUCUAUUACGAAGAUGAACAGUGCUGGUUUGGCAAGGAGCCUGGUGACCUGGUGGACUACAUCUACCAAGGCCCCAUCAUCCUGGUGCUCCUGAUCAAUUUUGUGUUUCUGUUCAACAUAGUCAGGAUCCUCAUGACAAAAUUACGAGCAUCUACCACCUCCGAGACAAUGCAGUACAGAAAAGCGGUGAAGGCUACCCUGGUCCUCCUGCCCCUGCUGGGUAUCACCUACAUGCUCUUCUUUGUCAACCCUGGUGACGAUGACCUGUCGCAGAUCGUGUUCAUCUACUUCAACUCCUUCCUGCAGUCCUUCCAGGGUUUCUUCGUGUCUAUCUUCUACUGUUUCUUCAAUGGAGAGGUGCGCUCAGCUGUGAGGAAGAGGUGGCACCGCUGGCAGGACCAUCACUCCCUCAGAGUGCCCGUGGCCCGGGCCAUGUCCAUUCCCACAUCACCCACGAGGAUCAGCUUCCACAGCAUCAAACAGACAGCUGCUGUGUGACUGCUGUCACUCACCCACUGUGACCCCACCAGAGGCAGCUCCCCACCAUCCUCCUUCUUCUCCCUCCUUGCAUGGCCCCAGGGAUGCAGAAGGAAGAGGAGAGACCAGCCCUUCAGCCUGGCAAGAAGCUGUGUUGAGUGGAGAGGAACUCUGAGGGAUACAGUGCCUGCUGCAGCCUGCAAGUCAAGUCUAUGCAAGAGGGUCACCAUGGGGAUGCCCAGUAAGAGCAGGGCAGGUGUCUUAAUGUACUUGCCCAUCCAAACUUCUCCUGACGGAUCUUCACCACAGCCACUCUCACAGAUGAAGAAGCUGAAGCUGCAGGGAAAAGGCCUGCCCAAGUCACAUGACUCACUACCCCAGCCCCAGGGCCCAGAGCCCCUGCUCACACUCAGGGGUGCCCCCUGCAGCUGGGAAGUCAGGGGCUCUCUGCCUGGCUUCAUCCAGGGACUGUCAACCAGAGAAGCCUCCUUUGCACUCUACCCCUAGCGGGCUCUCUCCCUCUCCCCAGCCAUCCUGCUCCUGGGCCUGCAGCUAGGGUGCUGCCUCCUCCGUGGGACCUCCGUUCAGGCCAGUCCUCAGAUUGGGGAUGGACAGGCAGGUGAGAAGGGAGAGGCAGGCCAGAGCCACACCCUUAGGCCAACCAGAUACAUAACACACACACACACACACACACACACACACACACACACACACACACACAAAUAAGGAGCAUAAGUGAAUGGGUAGGAGGAAGGGGUGGGUAGAGAUAGUGUAUCUGGUGAUGAGAAUUAAUGCCCAGCUCCUCAUUGGCUAGGUCUCAGCCUCCCCCAUGCUCUCUGUGAAAUAAAACACACCUCUGGAAUUGGCCUCCCACAGGUCACAUGACCAGAAUUUGAGGGGGGUAUGAGCCCAAGAUGGGGGCAGCCUCUGCAGGACAAGACCAUGUCCCCCCUCCCUAGGGGGUACUGGCCCUGGCUGGGCUGGGCCUUCCUCUCUCACCUGUGGUAUGGCUAGGGUCAUUGUCCUCAGAGCACCUGUAGGUCCCUUGUUGUGCCUCAGGUUGAAACCUGCUGCUGGCGCCAACCAAGGCAGCUGACCCAGUCAGCAUGGACAAAGCGUUUGGCUGCCCCAGCAGUGAAAACCCCUGACUCUGCAGGGACAGAGACCUCUCGGGCUGUUUCCGAUUUGUCUCCUACCCCCAUCCCCCUCCAGGCAGGUAACUGGACUCCAGAAAGAAGCCACCAGGCCAUUGGUUUGAACGAGGGCCUAAAAUGAUGGAUCUCAUCCUGCACAUUCUUAACUUGGCAUUUAAUGAAGUUUUAAGAUAUAAAGGAUGUGAUUUCUAGCAUUUGAUAUUUACAUUCUAAAAUAAAACUGCCAUAAUACUUUAUAAUACAUCACAUGGAACCUAAACACUGCAGUUAUUUAAUACCCAGCCUCAUCUGUCCAAAAUGCCAAGAGCCAGGCCUUUGCUAACAGGUGGAAGCCUCGAAGCAGUCCCUCUCUCUAACCUGUCUCUUCCUUCCACUGCCCCUACAAAAUUGUUGAGUCACAGUUUUCUUUCUCUUUUUCUUUUUUUUUUUUUUUGGCAGAACCAGGAAUUUUGGCAGAAC